UUUUUCCGGCGUUCCGGGUGAGACAGGCAGGUCGGGCCGCCAAGGCAGCGAUCCGCAGUGCUGUUCCGGAACUCGUCUGAGGACCCCAAAACUACCGUUAUUUUGCGAGGCGGUGUGGUGCCAUGAACAACGCGGGACUGAAUUCGGAGAAGGUAACUGCUUUGAUUCAAAAGCUGAAUUCCGACCCUCAGUUCGUGCUUGCCCAGAAUGUCGGGACCACUCAUGACCUACUGGACAUCAGUCUGAAGAGGGCCACCGUGCAGGCGACUCAGCAUGUGUUCCAGCACGUAGUGCCUCAGGAAGGCAAGCCAGUCACCAACCAGAAGAGCUCAGGGCGAUGCUGGAUCUUUUCUUGUCUGAAUGUUAUGAGACUUCCAUUCAUGAAAAAAUUAAAUAUUGAAGAAUUUGAGUUUAGUCAGUCUUAUCUAUUUUUCUGGGACAAGGUUGAACGCUGUUAUUUCUUCUUGCAUGCAUUUGUGGACACAGCCCAGAAAAAAGAGCCUGAAGAUGGAAGGCUGGUGCAGUAUUUGCUUAUGAAUCCUGCAAAUGAUGGUGGACAAUGGGAUAUGCUUGUCAAUAUUGUUGAAAAAUAUGGUGUUGUUCCUAAGAAGUGUUUCCCUGAGUCUUAUACAACAGAGGCAUCUAGAAGGAUGAAUGAUAUUCUGAAUCAUAAGAUGCGAGAAUUCUGUAUACGGCUACGGAACCUGGUACACAGUGGAGCAACCAAAGAAGAGAUCUCAGCCACACAAGACACCAUGAUGGAGGAGAUAUUCCGAGUGGUGUGCAUCUGUUUGGGUAACCCACCAGAGACAUUCACCUGGGAGUAUCGAGACAAAGAUAAAAAUUAUCAGAAGAUUGGCCCCAUAACACCCUUGGAGUUUUAUAGGGAACAUGUCAAGCCACUCUUCAAUAUGGAAGAUAAGAUCUGUUUAGUGAAUGACCCUCGGCCCCAGCACAAGUACAACAAGCUUUACACAGUAGACUACUUAAGCAAUAUGGUUGGAGGGAGAAAAACUCUAUAUAACAACCAGCCUGUUGACUUCUUGAAAAAAAUGGUUGCUGCCUCCAUCAAAGAUGGAGAGGCUGUGUGGUUUGGCUGUGAUGUUGGAAAACACUUCAAUGGCAAGCUGGGCCUCAGUGACAUGAAUGUCUAUGACCAUGAAUUAGUUUUUGGUGUCUCCUUGAAGAACAUGAGCAAAGCUGAGAGGUUGACUUUCGGUGAGUCAUUGAUGACCCACGCCAUGACCUUCACUGCUUUCUCAGAAAAGGAUGAUCAGGGUGGAACAUUCAUGAAAUGGAGAGUGGAGAAUUCAUGGGGUGAAGACCAUGGCCACAAAGGUUACCUGUGUAUGACAGAUGACUGGUUCUCUGAGUAUGUCUACGAGGUGGUGGUGGACAGGAAGCAUGUCCCAGAAGAGGUGCUAGCUGUGUUAGAGCAGGAACCCAUUGUCCUGCCGGCCUGGGACCCCAUGGGGGCUUUGGCCGAGUGA